AUGACUCUGAGCUCAGAGAUGUCGGAUGCCUCCAUCCUCUCGGAAGAGACCGACAUAGACGUGGUCGGCGAGGGGGAGGAUGGAGACGGACACACUCGCUCCUACGUGGAUGAGGUGGCGGAGAUGCGCGACGGCAUCCUGCUGUCCGGCUCUCCUCCCCCGUGCAUGGACGGGUCCUCCUCCCCGAGGGACAGCUACAAGCCGGCGGGGAAGAACACCCUGGUGAAGCCUCCCUACUCCUACAUCGCCCUCAUCACCAUGGCCAUCCUGCAGAGCCCCAAGAAGAGGCUGACCCUCAGCGAGAUCUGCGACUUCAUCAGCAGCCGCUUCCCGUACUACCGGGAGAAGUUCCCGGCCUGGCAGAACUCCAUCAGACACAACUUGUCCCUCAAUGACUGCUUUGUGAAGAUACCGAGGGAGCCUGGGAACCCUGGGAAGGGCAACUAUUGGACCUUGGACCCGGAGUCGGCAGAUAUGUUCGAUAACGGGAGCUUCUUGCGGAGGAGGAAGCGCUUCAAGAGGCAGCAGGCUCAGGACCUUCUGCGGGAACACAACGGGUUCAUCCCCGCAGCCGCCGCGUACGGGUACGGGCCGUACGGCUGCGGGGGGUACGGCAUCCAGCUGCAGUCCUACCACACGCACUCUGCACUUUUUGCAUUUCAGCAGCAGCAGCAGCAGCAGCAGCACUCCAGGCAUCCACACUCCUCUCUGAUGCCCAGCAGCACGGACGUACCCAGGAGCCGCUUUUACCCGCAGCUCAGCAGCCUGGGCUUGCAGGCCCCGGUGCAGAAGUCCGGCUCUGCGGUGCAGCGGUCCCCGUUCUCCAUAGAGAGCAUCAUCGGAGGGUCGCUGAGCCCCUCCAGGACUUCUCCGGCCGUUCUCCCGGUCUUACCCUCCUCUCUGGGGCCUCCAGCGGGCAGCCAGCCGCAGAGCGUCCGCCCCGGAGCUGCUUUACACCCGGUAGAAAACUUUGCCAACAGGGUCCUCAGCGACUGUUAA